CGAGAAGACACUUGAUUCUAACAGAUUUGAAGGUCGAGAAACCGUUCAAAGUGUACGCUAUCUCUUAUCAUUAGCAAGGUCGGAUUAUGGCCUUACGUGCUUUUGGCGCCGUACCACUCAAGUUAUUGUGUAGGUCAGAUGAGUUUCUUUUUAGAAACUUUGGACGUCAAUCAUCCCACCUCUUUGUACACAGAGAAACCCCUGAAAACAAUUCUAAUACAACCUUCGAAUUUUCUGCAGAAAACAAAAAGAGACUAGAUGUGAUAAUAUCAAACUACCCCCCUGCACACAAGGCUGCUGCUAUAAUUCCUGCUUUGGAUUUAGCUCAGCGACAACACGGAUGGCUGCCAAUAUCCGCUAUGAACAAAGUGGCAGAGAUUCUUAAUGUCCCCCAGAUGAGGGUUUAUGAAGUUGCCACAUUCUAUACCAUGUUUAACAGGGAACCAGUCGGAAAGUAUCACAUUCAAAUAUGUACCACAACCCCGUGUAUGCUAGGAGGUGUAGGGUCAGAAGUUAUUUUAAACGCACUCAAGAAGAAACUUGGUAUUGAACCGGGUCAGACCACACCUGAUAAAAUGUUUACACUGACAGAAGUGGAAUGCCUUGGGGCUUGUGUAAAUGCGCCCAUGAUGCAAAUUAAUGACGAUUAUUAUGAGGAUCUAACAGCAGAGGAUACAGUUCGUAUUCUUGAUGAAAUAAAAGCUGGGAAAAAACCAAAACCUGGCCCACAAAGCGGACAAGGUGGACGUUUUGCAUCCGAACCGAAAGGUGGUUUGACAUCACUGACUACAGAACCUAAAGGUCCUGGAUUUAAAGUUCGUUCGGAUCUGUGACCUCUUUAGUUCAUUAUUAAUUGAGCUUGUUAUCAGUAUACAUAGUGAAGUAUUUUUUCCUUUGCCUAAUAAAUUGCUAACUUUG